AAACACAGGACAGGAUCCUGAUCUCAGUGUUUCUCAGCAUGUGUCGAGAUGCCACAGAGACAGAUUAUCUCUGAGUCUGCUCGUUUUAUAGUCUUCAGACGGAUCUUAAACACAUGUUUGUAGUUUCUAUAUAGAAGUGAGAGUCUGUUCAGUCCCUGAUAAGGCCUCGCGAACAUGGUUCUGGGUCUACCUGCUGUCCUGAACAGGACCAAAACUUUUCAGGGAGCUAUGUGUGUCCUGAACACUCUGCAGAAUAAACCCUUAGUGUCUGAGCGGAUACAAGCACGUCAGGAGAAUCCAGGUCUGCAGCUGCAGGACAUGCAGGGAUACCUCCAACGCACGGGCAUCGCUGUGGAUGAUCUGCACAAACUCAACAUAAUCCAUGUGACAGGGACCAAAGGAAAGGGAUCAACAUGUGCUUUCACUGAGAGAGUCCUCAGGAGCUGUGGCUUUAAGACGGGAUUUUACAGCUCUCCACACUUGGUUCAUGUCAGAGAAAGGAUUCGUAUCAACGGAUGGCCAAUCAGCAAGCAGCUUUUCACCAAGUACUUUUGGGAGACGUACGAGCAGCUAGAGGACUCAAAGGACGUCCACGGAGGCUCUAUGCCUUUCUACUUCCAGCUCCUCACCUUGCUGGCCUUCCACGUCUUCCUGCAGGAGCGGGUUGAUUUAGCAGUGAUGGAAGUUGGCAUUGGGGGGCAGUAUGACUGCACAAACAUUAUCAGGAAGCCGUGGGUGUGUGGGAUCACAGCUCUUGGGUUCGAUCACUGCAGUCUGCUCGGAGACACUCUGGAGAAGAUCGCAUUUCAGAAAGCCGGGAUAUUCAAGCCAGGUGUCCCUGCGUUCACCGUCAGACAGAAACCCGGCCCUCUGAGAGUCCUGCAGCUCAGAGCUGAAGAGCUGAGGAGUGCUCUGUUGGUCUGUCCUGAGCUGGAUCAGUAUGAAGCUCUGGUUGGCCCCAUGAGUCUGGGACUGGCAGGAAAACAUCACCACGCAAAUGCAUCGCUCGCCCUGCAGCUCAGCCACAGCUGGCUGCAACGCCACGAGGCCCGGGAGAGAGGAGAUGAUCUCAGUUUUGCUCUGUCCUCCUGCAGACCUGGAUCACAGGCGGACAUCUUUCAACCCAGCUCAGACAUGCUGACAGGUCUGCAGGAGACCGAGUGGUUGGGACGAAACCAGAAGCUGAGGCGAGGUUCUGUCACUUAUUACCUGGACGGAGCUCACACCUCAGACAGCAUGCAGGCCUGUGUGAGCUGGUUCAGACAGGAGACGCUGCACAGAAACAAGACCACAAACAUCAGAGUCCUGCUCUUCAACACAACAGGAGAGAGAGACUCUGCUGCUUUACUCAGACUGCUGCUGCCCUGUCACUUCGACUACGCGCUCUUCUGCCCGAACAUCUCUGACACACCUGCAGGCGGCUCAGCAGCUCAGCACAGCAGCAGUGAAUGUGUGCACACAGCUCGCUGCAGAGACAACCUGAGAAUCUGGCAGACCCUGAACUCAUCAGAAACAUUACACCCGCAACAUCGCCAUCUGGUGGCUAGGUCUGUGAGUCGCAGCCUCGUGUUUCCCUGCAUCCUCAGCGCCCUCCAUUGGAUCAGACAGACGGAGCAGCUGCAGUCCACUGAGGCCCUGGACCGGAUGAGAGAGGGGGGUCAGGUCUCUGUGCUGGUGACCGGCAGUCUGUACCUGGUGGGAGGAGCGCUCAGACAUCUGGAACCUGCUCUGGACUCUUAGAGGAUCAGAGACUUUCUCCUGCAAGGAUUUUAUUAAAACUUGACUUUAAUAUUUUUCUGUUUUUUUCCUGUAUCUUCAGUGUCACAGAGCUUCAGUGUGUCUGCUGUGGAGAAGACCAUGUAUCUCUAACAAUCCUUUGAGUGACUGACUUUGUUUGACAUGUACCGUUAAAGUAAAGUGCACAUUUUCAUAUUCA